GUUUUAUUGGUUUGCUCUUCUUUAUGCUUAUGUUUGGUGGAUUAGUUCCCAUGAUAACGGUUAGGCAUGGAGGGAUGAGAGAGGCAUUUAUGGGUGGAAAUUAUGCGGGGAAUGGACUCUAUGAUAACCACCAUGUCAGGGUGUUAGCUGCAAAUGGAACUAGAAACCAUUUGGAUUUUGCUAAUGCAAAACAUUUUGGUGAUGGCUUUAAUAAUGUAGGAGAGACACAUGUUGACCUUAGUAAGAUUGUUUAUUCGGCCAAUAGUAGUGAAUCCCUUGAAGCCUCUCUUUAUGUCCCGAGGAAUGAUAAGCUGGUGAAAAUUGAUGGUAGUUUGAUCAUUCAUUCCAUUCUGGCAAGUGAAAAGGCCCUAAAGAGCAGCCAAGAGACUGGUUUGGCAAUUCCUGGUGAUUUUGCCCCUGCAAGGAGGAAUCCUUACACGUAUAAAGGUCCUGUUGAAGGUGAGGGGGCCCUGGUUCCAGGUGUUGUUGAUAGGGACUACAAGUGGUUUACAUCAGCAGAUGGUAGGCUUCAGCAAUGGUUCCAAGAAGGCCUUUCUGGAUCAACCUUCAGCUCCGGCAUGUGCACUGAGGUAUUUCAGUUUCAUGCCUCAUCAGCCAUAGUUCCAGUGACAUCCUCUACAAGGAAUGUAUCUAUUGAACCGGCUCAAAGCACCUCAUACAAAGGCCAACAAAAUAGAAGGGUCCUUCGUAGCCCCCUACCCAUUUCUGCUUCUUCCCAAAACAUGACUGAAGAAAAUGCAGGAAUAAGUGGACCUAAAGAAAACAUAAGCUCAAACAGGACAGUUCCUCCUAUGGUUGUUUCGGUGCUUGUUGAUCCAAGAGAUGCCGCUGAUGGCGGUGAAAACAUGAUGGGUAAAAAGACUCUUUCACGGAUUUUUGUUGUUGUGUUGAUAGACAGUGUCAAGUAUGUUACUUAUUCAUGCAUUCUUCCAGUCAAGGGUUCUGUCCGCCUCUAGUUUCAACAUAGAAACUAAUCUCUAGAAACUGGGACAAACACAUCUACUUGAUUACUUAUGUGUGGGAUUGUGGGAAUACCUGUUUUUUUGGAAUUCAAAAUAUGUACAAGUUGUAGUUGUCUUUGUUUACGUGUAACUUAAUACUUACUGUAGUGGCUCCAAAUUGUUUAUUCUUUAAAAGUUUUGAGUUGUAUUGCAUGUAUUACUGAUCUCAUUCUCAUUA